ACAGUUACAGUUAUAGAGUGCGAAGACUUUCCGACUUUCAUUCUAAAUUGCAAAGAUCAGAAAAGUUUUGGGCGACGGCGAGAACACACGACGAUGUGCAAUAGUACGGCAUGGAUCGGUUGUUGGUGUUGAAACGUACAGUUAAUCAGCAUAAUAACCACAAAUAAUGGAUAAAUUACCCGAGCGUCCGUUAUCGGCGCGCUCCAUACCGCUUACGCCCGCCAGCAGCACGCAUAUGCCAACAACACAACCGCAAGCAAGCACAUCCAAGCCGCCGUCGCGUCGCACCUCCGGCCAGUAUGUGUAUGAAACUUUGCCAUCACCACCACCAGAUCCACGUCAAACCGAUAAUAUUUUCCAAUUUCCAAGCAAAACGAAAGAAGAGCUGCCAGCUGGCUACCACACGCUCUUCAAUUAUGUCGAAAGCGAAGAGGAAUUCUACAAAACACUCUACAAAAUCAUCGCCAACGAUUGUAGGGCGGCGCAUGAGGCAGCCAAUAAACAACAACAGCAACUACAACCACAUACGCUACAAUUGCAACAGCAGCAACAACAACAAACUCCGUACGAACGCCAUGAUGUGGAGCCGACACGUUGCGCCUACUGUCAGCACAUACGACAGGAGUGCAUACAGUUCAUCGAGCCGCUGCAGAGCCGCUUGGGCAGCAGUUUGGCGGCGCUGUUGGCAGCACACGGCGCCGUCGAGCAACUAUCGCGCCUCUACGCAUUGUGGGAUAAGUACAUCGAUGAGGCAGCGAAGUGGCGACGGCAGCGGGAAUGCCUGAAUUACGUGAAUCUACUUAACGAAAAGAUGCAAACUGCCAAAGAGGUGCGUAGUAGACGACAACAACAACAAUUGCGGCAACAACAUCAGCAGCAACAACAACAACAGCAAAAAGCGCCGCAUCAUCCGCACGAGCACGAGGCAGAGCAAUACUCUGACACCGAGGCCGAUUUGGAGGAAUCGAUCGCGCUCAUCGAAUCCAUGUUAGGCGACGCGGUCACAACGCCCGCACCCACAACACCGGCCCCUACAUCGCUCAGCUUCAGCAGUUUCAGCGCCUUUGGCGGCGGCGGCAGUAAUCCCUCAUCGAUAAAACGUGCCACUCUCAAACAACAACGUGAGCGCAGCAAGUCAAUGAUGAUAGACGAUGUGGCAUCCACAUCUGCUGCAACAUUGGCCGUACGCGCGGAACAUGAGCGCGAUGCGAAAAGUUCCAGCGCAUUGCCGCAUAUGUUGCGGCGACAGAGUACCUACAGUGAGGGCAAAUCGAAGGUGUCGAAGUGGACGAAGGUCAAGGCGGCAUUCAAGUGGGAGCGCGCCAAUGUGCCAGCGCUGACCGAAGGUGUGGGCAGCAGUGGCGUAGUCGUGUACAAUGUGGUGCCAAAAGAACACGCGGCCGCGAGUGUGGGUCUAACGCCCGUCAAUAAUGAGGUGGCAAGAUAUUUGCGUGUACCCUCGCUGCCCGGUACAGGUGGAGGCAGUUCGGCUGAUAGCAUUUUGAGCUCUUCAUCCGGACAUUUGCUAAGCGAGACUGGUACGCCGGGCACUAUCAGUUCGGCGAGUUCAAUGGACGACAUUGAUAGCAGUUGCCGCAGCACGCUGAGAAGAGACUCGACCAAAAGCGAUAGCCGUGUGAUUGAUGAUAACACAACGUCACACUUGGAACAUUCAAAAACCGAUGAUAUGGAAACGCUAAGCCGUUCCUCGAAGAGUGACAGCAAUAUGCGAACACUCAUGGCCAAGAAAACCUCAUCGAUUAAGUCUUUGCGUAGGAAUAAAAACGUUACCGACUUUGAGGCACUGCCAGAGAAUGUUGUGGCCGAUUUGAAAGGCACAACACAACGGCGCACGAAGCCACCACCUAGCCCAUUGAAUCUUAACCUCAAACAGGAUCUUACCGAUUCGGAUUUCUCUUACUCACCCUACUCACUUAAAAGCCCUAAAGAUGGUACACAGUCAUUGAAUCGCACGAAGAAAAUUGGCUCACCGGGUAAUUCGUCGGUGCCCAGUAGUCCUUCGCGUCAUUCGGAUUUCUUUUGUGAAUUCGAAAGUGAAGAUUUAUCGAGUGGUGAUUUUUCCGAACCCACCACACCUAAUCAUUUGACAUCACACAAGUCGUUUAUGGAUGAGAAAAAUGAAAUUAAUCAACGGUAUCAAAUGCUGCGCGCCAAAUUCGAUGUGGAAUUCGAGGCGAAACGACGGGAAUGGGAUAAAAUGAAGACGAACACUAAUGCGUGCCGAGCUAUAGCCUUAAUCACACCACCCAAACCGGAAGAGCAUCCACAACAUCCAGUCUUCAAUAAUAAUCUAUCAGCCAAACUUUUGGAAGAAAAUCUCACACCCGAUUUUAAGAAGAAAUUGCGAAAAUGGCGUGUGAAGAAACAAAUAUCAGUGAGUGGACCGCAUCCCACACAAAUCUCCCCCACCUCACCAGUGCGUGAUGGACCGACCGAUGCAAAGCCAAAGAUUGAUUGGAAUCUUUGGAAGACAGGACAAUUAAAAUUGGAGGGACAAGGUUUAACGCCGCUACCCGAUCAAAAGGAUUUACCAGAGGAUUUUCAAAAGAAAUUGGAACAAUGGAAUAAGCUGAAGCAAGGUGGUGGUGGCGCAAGUAAUGUACCAAGCGGUCAAGAUUCCAUAAAGCGUUCCAGUAAACUCACAGAUAGUAUAAAGAAAACUGUGGAGAGUAAGCCGCAUGAAAAAGAUAAGUUAGAAAAGUUAGCCAAACUCAAAGCGAUCGUCACCGAUCAUCCCGCCAAAGAGAUCGAAGUGAAGACCUCAGAGGGUGUUAUGAAAUUCGAGGGCAUUUCACGUAAAUUCACACGUAAAUUGUAUGAAUGGGAGAAGGCACGUGGCAUUGGACCGGAGUCCUCCACAUUCGCACUACUGCAUCCCGGCUAUCGACCUAUUGUGGUAGAUCGCAUCACCAAGGAGAGUCACGCAAAUGACAACUCCCCAACCCUUGGACGUUCGUUUUCUUUGGAUAGCAUUGCGCAAAAUAAUGCCACACUACCAGCCAUAUCGCAACAAGCUUCCAGUUUGUCGUUGAACGAUGUGAACGAUCUGAAAGAGAUCGAUAAUCAUGGCAGCUCGGAUGUAAUUGAUGAGCAUGACUACAAGAAAUACGAAGAACCCGAAGCGGUUAUGGUAGAAGUCGAGGAUCACAUAGAGGAGACCGCAUCACCGUUGGUGACCGCACAUACGCUAGUGGAACAACAGACGCCUAUUUAUAAAUACGAAGAAGGCGCUUGCAGUGAUUAUUGCAAUACGCGACGUGUACAAAGUUUUGAAUCGCACACCAAUCUGGCGCCACUGCUCUCUGUGAUCCAGCGUACUGAAGAGAACUUUGCGAAACUCAAACGUUCCUCCGCGGAAUUGUGUCAAAAUGCCGAACUGCGGCAAUGUGAGACGAUGCUUACCUACAUACGAAACAUUUAUCCCUACUACUCCGAUAAUCUGAUGAAGCCGAACGUUUUGAAUGCCAUAUCGGACGUACAGAGCGAAUUAAGCAGAAUUAGCGAUCUGUGUGAAAAGAGUCCGCUUGAUGAGGCUUGCUGCCAGGAAAUCAUAGAAGAGCGUAAUAACGAAUACAACGAAGAGUUGAAGGGCCUUAAUGAAUCUCUGUCGUUAUUGCGACGAAGUAUACAUGGCGGUUCAACACCAUAUCCACGAGAUAUCGUGCCGGAUAUUAGCAUCACCACAGUUGACGUACAAAAUAUGGAUACAGCUGACACAACAAAAGAUCACAUUUCGACCACACUCGAGGCAACGGAUGAAUGGAGUGCUUCGCACGCGGAAAACGAUGAAACCGAUGUACCAAAACUAACACAACGUACACAAUACUCGAACGGUAAUGGCGGAAAUGGCGCGGUCAGUAAAAAGAAGCUACGGUUGCGUAAAACUGGUUCACGACAGAACAGCAAAACCGAGAGCGAUAGUAGCGACGCGGACACACACAGUGUGUUGGAGACACCACGACGUAUAAAGCGUAAGAAUUUUCGGCUUAAACAGCGCUCAUUCGAUGACGAUUAUCGCAGACAUGAGGAGACCGGUGGAGAUGAUGUUGUCUAUGUGUUGAAGGUAAAACCCGGUCAUCCCAUUGAGCAAUGCGAGAAUGUGGUGAGCAUGGAACGUUGUUUUUCCGAAACCAACAAUUACCGACCGAAAAGCUGCAGCGAAAAGUGUCUCGUAGCUACUGCAACAGCGACACCGAGGCAGCCACCAAUCGUUGAUGUAAAUGAUAUGGCAGAAAAUUUAAAUUUUAACCAAAAUGAAAAUGUGUUUGUAAAGACGAAACGAAAAGUAUUUACUGCAGUCCCUGAACCGAAUGCCAUUGGCGGCAUGACGGUAAUUGAAAGAGAGCUCGUUACAACACCAACCGAGGAGGAUGAAGCGUUAACCGAAGCAUCUUUGUCAGAAGCGGAACACACGACGCAGGAGGCUGUAGAAUUAGUUGACUCUGAAACUGCGACGGAAGUAGGUAGUCUAACGCCAAAGCGUUCAAAUUCGACUUGCAGGUCGCUGAGUCAAGGUGAUGUGCGUCGUGACGAGUACGACUACGAGGAUGAGCGGAAAUGUCACAGCGCUGAAAAGCUCGUAACACCAGCACAAAAGCAAACUAAAGAUGCGCGUCCACCACUGGCAUCCGACAGUUUUCGGGUUAUCAACAAAAGCUGUGCUAGUCUCAUGCGAGAAUCGGCAAGCCCUGCAAAGCUUGGUGCGAUUGCCGCAAACCCUGCUGGUAAUAGCCCCACAGAGGUGCGUAAAGAACAUCGUUUCAAGAAGAAUACCGAAAAGUCACAUUAUUAUAUACCUUUCGCGAAAUCGCAAAGUGGCACAAUCAAGAAAAUCGAGACGAAAAUUGCUAAAACACAUUCGGGUACCUCUAUCGGUGAAGUUUCGCCACAAAUUUUUGCAUCCGAUAGAUUUGACAAUACAUUACCGCGCAUUGCGCGCAAACUCGAACGUAAAUCGUUGACACCCACUAGCAUGCAGCCAUUGCAUUUCGACUUCCCUCCACCGCAUAGUUCUGAGCCCACAACACCGUUACACUUGAUAACACCAGAUACUCCGCGUACACCACUUUCCGAACGCGCAUUGCGUUUACAGAAAGCCAAAGAGGAGUUCCUGCAGGGUAAUGGCGCGCAUUCUCAGUCACCAACGCCAUCGCAAACGGGCGUAAAACGACGAGACGAUAUUAUACGCAAUGAAACGUGGGAGCAAUAUCGUCGCAGUGACUACAGCAUGGGUUCAGUGGCGGGCGAUGAAACCAAUUUACCAAAAAGUUUCAGCGUCGGCACCAUUACCGGAGAUUCUUACACCGAAACACCCACACACUCGGACACCGGUACCGAUCUGGAUAGUAGUAUUUACGAUUCGUUGCCACGUUCCGUUAGUCGUUCGGGUAAAAUCUCAAGCAAACUUGGUUUUGCCACACUUGCCUCAAAAUUCCGACGUGGCAAGGGUAGCAAGAAAGGAAAGGACGCACCAAAGCCAGAACCCGAACCAGCGAAAGGCAAUAGAGCACUGUCGGCAUUGUGUCGUCAAACAUUAAUGGCCGAUGUCAUAGCCGUGCCACAAUUGGCCAAAGAUAGCUCGCAUGAGAGUGUGCAGAAAUCACAGUCUUCACCGCAAGCUGGUCGAGGCUACAAUAGUGGUGGUGGGAGUGCCCAAAGCUCACUUUACGGUGCGCCUGGCGUUCGUCCACAAGUGGAGCAAUUGAAUAAAUCACAAAGUGAACAAUAUGUAAGACGUCACAAAGAGAGCAUUGUCUAGUCAAAAGUGCAAUAUUAAUGUGUCAUAUGAAUGUCCAUGGAUACUUGAAACCAAACAUGAUUUCAAUUCAAAUUUUAUUAAUUUAUAUAUACAGUAUAUAUUUAAUUUUAUUCUUGUGUGUAAGCUACGAUUGUAUUGAGAUUAUUUAGAGAUUUUUUUUUUUGCAUUAUAUUAAUCAUUGUAUCUGACGGAUACAAAUCGAAUGUGUAGAAAAGUUG